AUGCUACCAAAGUUCAUAUUUCUUCUUCUUGGAUUGGUCUUACAAAAUUUCUGCUCCCUGCCUGAAACUACAGAGCAGGCAAAAAGAUGUGAUAAGUCAUCUCUGCUUACAAUCAGGACUGAAUGCCAAUCCUGCUUGCUCAACUUAGAAACUAAGUGUCCAGAUGGUUUCACAAAGGUUACCAAUGGCUCUGUAGGAGUUCGAGAUUGCAGGUACACCUUUGAAAUCAGGAAGUACUCGCUGUCUCUCCCUGGAUGCCGCCAUAUCUGUAGGAAGGACUAUGUCCAACCUCAGUGUUGUCCAGGCCACUGGGGCCCAGACUGCAUGGAGUGCCCGGGAGGUGCCAGGUCCCCCUGCAAUGGGAGGGGCAGUUGUGCCGAAGGCAUGGAAGGAAACGGAAGCUGCUCCUGCCAGGACGGGUUUGGGGGAGCAGCCUGUGAAACCUGUGCGGAUGACAAUGUAUUUGGACCCAGCUGCUCAGCAGUGUGCAGCUGUGUGCACGGCGUGUGCAACGGUGGCAUAGAUGGUGAUGGAAGCUGUGAGUGCUACUCCGGGUACACUGGCCCCAACUGUGACAAACCCAUCCCUGAAUGUGCAAACUUGCUCUGCCCAGAAAAUUCCAGAUGCUCACCUUCCAGCCAAGAUGAAACAAAACUAGUAUGCAAAUGCCUUCCCAAUUACCAAGGCGAUGGCCAGUACUGUGAACCCAUCAAUCCAUGUUUAAAAGAAAUAUGCCAUCCUCACGCUCUUUGCACAUAUCUGGGACCGAAUCAGCAUAGUUGCACGUGCCAUGAAAGCUACCACGGGGAUGGCCAAGUGUGCUUACCAGUAGACCCCUGCCAGACUAACUAUGGAAGCUGCCCUACACAGUCUACAGUGUGCAUAUACGAUGGGCCUGGACAGUCUCACUGUGAGUGUAAGGAACAUUACCACCAUUACGUGCCCGGAGUGGGGUGCAGCGUGAUCGAUGUCUGUGCACGGAAGAACCCCUGUCAUAGGAAAGCAAACUGCACUACCAUCGCACCAGGCCGAUCCAAAUGCACUUGCCAGAAAGGCUACGUGGGUGACGGCUCAAAGUGUUAUGGAAACAUCAUGGAGCGACUCAGAGGAUUAAACACUGAACCCAGAGGAAAAUGGCAAGGAGGCCUGACCUCUUUCAUCUCGCUUCUGGACAAAGCCUAUGCCUGGCCACUAAGUAACCUGGGACCAUUCACUGUGCUCUUGCCCACAGACAAGGGACUAAGAGGACUCAGUGUAAAAGAGCUCUUGAUGGAUAAGGAGGCAGCCCAGUACUUUGUGAAACUCCAUGUGAUUGCUGGGCAGAUGAACACCGAGCUAAUGAAUAACACAGACACUUUCUAUACCUUGACUGGAAAGUCGGGAGAAAUCUUUAAUGGCGAUAAGGACAAUCAAAUAAAGCUUAAACUCAAUGGAGGCCAAAAAAAGGCAAAAAUUAUACAAGGGAACAUAAUUGCUUCCAAUGGGCUCCUGCACAUCCUUGACAGAGCCAUGGACAAGAUGACACCCACAUUUGAGAGCAACACUGAGCAAACCAUAAUGACAAUGCUACAACCAAAAUAUAGCAAGUUCAGAUCUUUGCUAGAGGAAACCAAUGUGGGACAUGCUUUACAUGAAGAUGGGGCUAGUGGACCAUACACCAUUUUUGUUCCAAGUAACGAAGCAUUAGACAACAUGAAGGAUGGCACUCUUGAUUACCUCCUUUCUCGAGAGGGAUCACGGAAGCUUCUGGAACUCGUCAGAUACCACAUUGUCCCAUUUACUCAGCUUGAAGUGGCCACUCUCAUUUCGACCCCACACAUUAGGAGCAUGGCCAACCAGGUCAUACAGUUCAACACAACCGACAAUGGACAGAUUCUGGCAAAUGGUGUAGCAAUGGAAGACACUGAGGUCGCCGCCAAAAAUGGCCGAAUCUACACCCUGACUGGAGUUCUUAUUCCUCCCUCCAUCGUGCCCAUUCUGCCCCACCGAUGUGAUGAAACCAAGAGAGAGAUGAAAUUGGGCACCUGCGUGAGCUGUUCCCUGGUGUAUUGGAGCAAAUGUCCUGCUAAUUCUGAGCGCACAAUGCUCUUCACACACAGAUGUGUCUACACUGGCAGAACAAGGAGGCUAAAGAGUGGCUGUGCCAGAUACUGUAACUCCACUGUGAAGAUACCGAAGUGCUGCAAAGGCUUCUACGGGCCGGACUGCAACCAGUGUCCAGGAGGCUUCUCGAAUCCAUGCUCGGGGAACGGCCAGUGCGCAGACGGCAUCGAUGGCAAUGGGACAUGCAUUUGCCAGGACGGCUUCCAAGGCUCCCAGUGUCAGUUCUGCUCCGAUCCCAAUAAAUACGGACCCCGGUGUGACAAAAAAUGUCUGUGCAUUUACGGAACGUGCAAUAACAGGAUCGAUGGCGACGGGGCCUGCCUGGCCGGCACGUGCCGAGAAGGCUCCACGGGGAUGUUCUGCCACAAGCAGACCUCGGCCUGUGGGCCCUACAUGCAGUUCUGUCAUAUCCACGCCACCUGUGAAUACAGCAAUGGGACGGCAAGCUGUGUUUGCAAAGCAGGCUACGAAGGGGACGGAAGCCUCUGUUCCGAGACGGACCCUUGCGCAGGAUUAACCCCGGGAGGCUGUAGCCCCAAUGCAGAAUGCAUCAAAACCGGCACGGGGACCCACGCAUGUGUGUGCCGGCAAGGAUGGACGGGGGAUGGCAGAGACUGCUCAGAAAUUAACAACUGCCUGCUGCCCAGCACCGGCGGCUGCCACGUCAAUGCCACCUGUUUGUACGUGGGCCCCGGGCAGAAUGAGUGUGAAUGCAAGGAAGGAUUCCGAGGCAAUGGGAUUGAAUGUGAAGCAGUCACUUCGUGCUUGGAACAAACAGGGAAAUGUCACCCACUGGCCACCUGUCAGUUUACUUCUGGCCUCUGGAGUUGCGUUUGCCAAGAGGGCUAUGAAGGAGACGGCCUUCUGUGCUAUGGAAAUGCAGCAGUGGAAUUGUCAUUUCUCUCUGCGGCAGUUAUAUUUAACCAGUGGAUAAAUAAUGCUUCUCUGCAAGCCAUGCUGUCAGCCACCUCAAACCUCACUGUCCUCGUGCCCUCUCCGCAAGCUAUUGAGAACAUGGACCAAGAUGAAAAAGACUUUUGGUUGUCCAAGAGCAAUAUUCCAGCCCUAAUAAAACACCACGUGCUGCCAGGCGCAUACGGAAUGGCAGAUCUGCAGGCUGUGUCACCUUCCAACAUGCUGGCAACGUCUUUGCCAGGCAACUUCAUUCAUCUGGCAAAGGCAGAUGGGAAUAUCACAAUCGAAGGAGCAUCUGUCAUCGAUGGUGACAACGCAGCCACAAAUGGCGUGAUACACAUCAUCGACAAGGUGCUGGUCCCCCGAAGAAGUCUAACUGGCUCCUUACCAAACCUGCUCAUGCGGUUGGACCAGAUGCCCGACUAUUCCAUCUUCCGGGGCUACAUCAUUCAAUAUAACCUGGCGAGUGCGAUUGAGACAGCUAAUGCGUAUACAGUGUUUGCUCCAAACAACGACGCCAUUGAGAAUUACAUCCGGGAGAAGAAGAUCACGACCCUAGACGAGGACGUGCUCCGGUAUCACGUGGUCUUGGAGGAGAAACUCCUGAAGAAUGACUUGCACAACGGCAUGCACCGGGAGACCAUGCUGGGCUUCUCCUUCCUCGUGGGCUUCUUCCUCCGCAACGACCAGCUCUACGUAAAUGAGGCUCCCAUAAACUACACCAACGCAGCCACUGACAAGGGAGUGAUCCACGGUUUGGGGAAAGUUCUGGAAAUUCAGAAGAACAGAUGUGACAAUAACGACACUACUAUUGUACGAGGAAGAUGUGGGAAGUGUUCCCAGCAGCUGACCUGCCCGGUUGGAACUAAACCACUAGGUGAAGAGACGAGGAGAUGCAUCUACAGCUUCUACUUCAUGGGCAAGCGGUCCCUGUUCAUUGGGUGCCAGCCAAACUGCGUGAAGACCAUCAUUACCAGAGAAUGCUGUGCCGGCUUCUUUGGCCCCCAGUGCCAGCCCUGCCCAGGGAGAGCCCAGAACGUCUGCUUUGGAAACGGGAUCUGCUUCGACGGACUGAACGGCACGGGCGCGUGCCAGUGUGGAGAGGGCUUCGGGGGCACGGCCUGCGAGACCUGCACCGAGGGCAAGUAUGGCCCCCACUGCGACCAAGCGUGUUCUUGUGUCCACGGGAGAUGCAACCAGGGACCCUCGGGCGACGGCUCCUGUGACUGUGAGGUUGGCUGGCGAGGAGUGAAAUGUGACAGUGAGAUCACAAAAGACAACUGCAACGGGAUGUGCCACACCAGCGCCAACUGCCUCCUCAAUCCAGACGGCACAGCCUCAUGCAGAUGUGCAGCAGGAUUCCAAGGCAAUGGGACAGUCUGCAAAGCCAUCAAUGCCUGUGAGACCAGCAAUGGAGGUUGCUCUGCCAAGGCCGACUGUAAAAGGACCACUCCAGGGAACCGGGUGUGUGUGUGCAAGGCAGGCUACACGGGCGAUGGCAUCGUGUGUCUAGAGAUCAACCCAUGUUUGGAGAACAAUGGUGGCUGUCACAAGAACGCAGAGUGCACGCAGACGGGACCCAACCAGGCGGUCUGUAACUGUUUGCCCAAGUACACUGGGGACGGGAAGGUCUGCACACUCAUCAACGCCUGCUUAACCAAAAAUGGCGGCUGUAGUGAAUUUGCCAUCUGCAACCACACCAGGCAAGGAGAAAGGACGUGCACUUGCAAGCCGAACUACAUCGGAGAUGGGUUAACCUGCCGUGGCAACAUCUACCAGGAGCUUCCCAGGAACCCCAAAACAUCCCAGUACUUCUUCCAGCUGCUGGAGCAUUCUGUGCGGGAUCUGAGUGGUCCGGGCCCUUUCACUGUCUUUGCACCUUUAUCGGCAGCUUUUGAUGAGGAGCCUCGGAUUAAAGACUGGGACAGACAGGGCCUCAUGCCCCAAGUUCUUCGUUACCACAUGGUCGCCUGCCACCAGCUGCUUCUAGAAAACCUGAAACUGACCCCAAACGCUACCUCUCUCCAAGGGGAGCCAAUCACCAUCUCCGUCUCUCAGGACACUGUGUAUAUAAAUAAUAAGGCUAAGAUCAUAUCCAGUGAUCUCAUCAAUACCAAUGGCAUCAUCCACAUCAUAGACAAGUUGCUGUCGCCCCAGAACUUGCUGGUCACCCCCAAAGACGCCUCCGGAAGGAUCCUGCAAAAUCUUACAACAGUGGCAAUAAAUCACGGCUACACCAAAUUUAGCAACCUACUCCAGGAUGUGGGCUUGUUGGGCGCCAUCACUGACCCCAUCCACACUCCGGUCACUCUCUUCUGGCCCAGCGACCAAGCCCUGCAAGCCCUACCCCCCGAGCAACAGGAUUUCCUGUUCAACCAAGACAACAAGGACAGGCUGCAGGAGUAUUUGAAGUUCCACGUGAUCCGAGAUGCCAAGGUAUUUGCGGUGGAUCUCCCCCGCUCUGCUGCCUGGAAGACCCUGCAAGGCUCCGAGCUGGACGUGAAGUGUGGCGCUGGCGGGAACAUCGGUGAGCUCUACCUGAAUGACCAAACCUGCAGAAUUAUACAGCGAGAACUCCUGUUUGACCUGGGUGUGGCCUAUGGCAUUGACUGCCUACUGAUUGAUCCCACCCUGGGGGGCCACUGUGACACUUUUGCCGCCUACAAUUUUUCGGUCAGUACCUGCCCUGGCGGAGCGGACACCCCGUGUAAUAACCGGGGGGUCUGCCUCGAUCGGUACUCAGGCACCGGAGAGUGUAAGUGCCAAACCGGCUUCAACGGGACGGCGUGCGAGCUGUGCCUGCCGGGGAGAUUCGGGCCUGACUGUCAGCCCUGUGGCUGCUCAGACCACGGACAGUGUGAUGAUGGCACCACGGGCUCCGGGCAGUGUGUCUGCGAAACAGGGUGGACAGGCCGCUUCUGCGACACUCAGACAGUUCUGCCCCCUGUGUGCACGCCUCCGUGUUCUGCUCACGCCACCUGUAAGGAGAACAACACGUGCGAGUGUAACCUGAGCUACGAAGGGGACGGCAUAACAUGCGCGGCCGUGAACUUCUGCAAACAGAACAACGGGGGCUGCGCCAAGGUCGCCAAGUGUUCCCAGAAAGGCACCAAGGUCUCCUGCAGCUGUCAGAAGGGAUACAGGGGGGACGGCCGCAGCUGCACAGAGAUCGACCCCUGUGCUGACGGCCUCAACGGCGGCUGUCAUGAGCAUGCCACCUGCAGGAUGACUGGCCCGGGCAAGCACAAGUGUGAAUGUAAAAGUCAUUAUGUGGGAGACGGGAUGGACUGCGAGCCGGAGCAGCUGCCCGUGGACCGCUGUUUGCAGGACAACGGGCAAUGCCAUGCUGAUGCCAACUGCGCCGACCUCCACUUCCAAGACACCACCGUCGGAGUAUUCCAUCUACGCUCCCCACUGGGCCAGUAUAAGUUGACCUUUGACAAAGCCAGAGAGGCCUGUGCCAAUGAAGCCGCGACCGUGGCAACCUACAACCAGCUCUCCUAUGCCCAGAAGGCCAAGUACCACCUCUGUUCAGCAGGCUGGCUGGAGAGCGGGCGGGUCGCUUACCCCACAGCCUACUCCUCCAAGAACUGUGGCUCUGGUGUUGUUGGAAUUAUAGACUAUGGACAAAGAAACAACAUGAGUGAAAUGUGGGAUGUCUUCUGCUAUCGAAUGAAAGAUGUGAACUGCACCUGCAAGGCUGGCUACGUGGGAGACGGCUUCUCGUGCAGCGGGAAUCUGUUGCAGGUCCUGAUGUCCUUGCCCUCGCUGACAAACUUCCUGAGGGAAGUGCUGGCCUAUUCCAACAGCUCAGCCAGAGGCCGGGCAUUCCUGAACCGCCUGACCGACCUGUCAAUCUGCAGCACCCUCUUUGUGCCACAGAACAGCGGGCUGCGGGAGAACGAGACGCUGUCUGGGCGGGACAUUGAGCACCACCUCGCCAAUGUCAGCAUCUUUGUUUACAAUGACCUUGUCAACGGUACCGUCCUGCAAACGAAGCUGGGAAGCCAGCUGCUCAUCACCGCUAGCCAGGACCAGCAACAACUGGAAACCAGGUUUGUGGAUGGAAGAGCCAUUCUUCAAUGGGACAUCUUUGCCUCCAAUGGGAUCAUUCAUGUCAUCUCCAGGCCUUUGAAGGCACCCCCGGCCCCCCUGGCCUCCGUCCACACUGGCUUGGGGACAGGGAUAUUCUUUGCCACCAUCCUGAUCAUUGGAGCUGCCGCUUUGGCUGCCUACUCUUACUUUCGACUAAACCGGAGAACAAUUGGCUUCCAGCGUUUUGAGUCGGAGGAGGACAUCAACGUUGCAGCCCUUGGGAAGCAGCAGCCUGAGAAUAUACCGAACCCCUUGUAUGAGAGCACACCCUCCGCGCCCCCAGAACCUUCCUACGACGGCUUCCUGGACUCCGAAGACCAGCAGCUGGACAGCAGUGACCCCCUGGGGGCGCUCUGAGGGCCCAGACCUGCUGCCACUGGCCACCCCCUGCGGCCAGCUGCCCGGCAGUCAGAGCCUCCUCCUAAAGGCUGUCAACUGUGAAUCCUCAGCACCACUGCCUUCCGGAAAGGAGGGUCCUUUAACGUUUUACAGUAGGAAGCCCUCAAGCCAUACCUCAUCUCUGGUUAGUCUGGAGGAUUACCUGGUCCUCCUGUGCAUGAGGGACCAUGCUAAACCCAACCCCCCCGACCCAGGGGACCUCAUUCCUCCGCUGCCCUUCCUUUGUACCUUCAUAUGGCUCUUAACUACAUCCUCCCCAACACUAACUAUGGCCUUUGUUUCAUUCCCCUGUUAGACUGUAAGCUCCCAAAGGCAGGGACCUGCCUCUUUCGUCUGUGUGUGUCGGCACCUAGCCCAGCGUCUGGUACGUGCCAUGUGCUCAGUAAAUGUUUAUGGCCAGAAAUAAAGUCAAUGGAACAGAA